UAUAUUCAACUAUUAUAAUCUAAACACCAAAGAAAGAGUAAAGUUAACUCACACACUUCCAUCUCUCUCUUUCUAACACUAGCUCCUUUACUAAAACUAGUAGUCACAUAUCUUCAUCCUUUUGCUAGCUAGCAACUCUUGCUAGUUAGUUACCUAACGGUUUUCGUUCAUCACUUGACACAAAACUUCUUUAUUCAUUGCUCGUACUUUGAAAUUUGAUUAGAGAUGAUUUCAUGGCACGACCUCUAUACUGUGUUGGCGGCCAUGGUGCCGUUGUAUGUAGCUAUGAUAUUAGCUUACGGCUCGGUCCGGUGGUGGAAGAUCUUCUCCCCGGACCAAUGUUCCGGGAUCAACCGUUUCGUGGCCAUCUUUGCUGUGCCUCUCCUUUCCUUUCAUUUCAUCUCUACUAAUAAUCCGUGGGAGAUGAACCUUCAUUUCAUAGCAGCCGACACUCUACAAAAAGUGAUCAUGCUUGUGCUAUUAGCCCUUUGGACUAACCUUACUCGAAACGGCAGCCUCGAGUGGAUGAUAACAAUUUUCUCUCUUUCGACACUUCCUAACACCCUUGUUAUGGGUAUCCCGCUCCUCAUUGCUAUGUACGGUCCGUAUUCGGGUAGUCUUAUGGUUCAGGUGGUGGUGUUGCAGUGUAUUAUUUGGUACACGCUUUUAUUGUUCUUGUUUGAGUACCGUGGGGCAAAGAUUCUAAUCAUGGAGCAGUUUCCUGAGACUGCAGCAUCGAUAGUAUCCUUCAAAGUCGAUUCCGAUGUUGUCUCGCUAGACGGCCGGGACUUCCUAGAGACGGACGCUGAGCUAGGACAAGAUGGAAAACUCCAUGUUGUGGUGAGGAAGUCUAAUGCCUCUAGACGGUCUCUGUCUGGUAUGACACCAAGACCGUCUAAUUUAACAGGAGCUGAGAUUUACAGUCUCAGCUCCUCUAGAAAUCCGACCCCUAGAGGGUCGAAUUUCAAUACCUCGGAUUUUUAUUCUAUGAUGGGAUACCAAGGAUUUGGUGGCAGGCUCUCGAAUUUCGGGCCUGCCGACUUGUACUCAGUACAAUCCUCACGAGGACCUACCCCUCGUCCUUCCAAUUUCGAUGAGAACCCGAACGCUUCUCCAAGGUUCGGGUUCUACCCAACAGUAGCUCCUGGCACUAAUCCUCCGAUUUCGGCUGCUGGGUCUUACCCAGCGCCGAAUCCGGAGUUUGUCAAUGGCACAACCGGUGCCAGUGCUGGUGGUGGCGGUGUUGGUGGUAAUAAGAGUGGUGGAAAGAAUCAAGUACAGCCGGGCCCGCAACAACAGGCGCAGCCCGGACAAGGACAAGGACAAGGACACCACCAAAGCAAGUUGAGCCAUGAUGCUAAAGAGCUUCACAUGUUCGUGUGGAGCUCUAGUGCUUCUCCUGUUUCAGAGGUUGGUGGGCUCCACGUUUUUGGGAGUAAUGAUUUCGGCACUCCUGAUCAAUCUGGUCGCUCUGAUCAAGGCGCUAAGGAAAUCCGGAUGUUGGUUUCUGAUCAGCCACAAAAUGGUGAAACAAAAGCCCCAUUAUUGAUUUCAGGGCUUAGGAAAAGUGAGGAAUUUGCAAGGGAGGAUUUCAGCUUUACAGGUGGAGAAGAGGAGAGAGAAAAGGAAGGGGCAAUACCGAUGGCAGAGAUAAACAAAUUGGGGUCAAGUUCGACGGCGGAGUUACACCCGAAAGCGGUGGCGGCAGCGGAGGAAUUAGGUGGUGCUAAACAUAUGCCUCCGGCAAGUGUAAUGACAAGAUUAAUCUUAAUCAUGGUUUGGAGAAAAUUGAUUAGAAAUCCCAACACGUAUUCAAGUCUAAUCGGCCUAAUUUGGUCAUUGGUUUCUUUUCGGUUUCAUGUGAAAAUGCCGAUAAUAAUAGAGAAAUCAAUCUCAAUACUUUCAGAUGCUGGACUUGGUAUGGCUAUGUUCAGCUUAGGUUUGUUCAUGGCUCUACAACCAAUGAUGAUUGCAUGUGGGAAUAAAGUUGCUACCUUUGCUAUGGCUGUGAGAUUUCUUACCGGUCCGGCGGUAAUGGCGGUGGCUGCCAUUGCUAUUGGUUUAAGGGGUGAUCUUCUUCGAAUUGCCAUUGUUCAGCGUGAUCUUUGGGAUGUUGAUAGCGCUACCAAUUACCUUAGUCUACUACAUCUUAUUAGGGUUAUAAAAAUUCUUUUUCUUCACCAAAGAGUGAGAUUAAGCCAAGCUUAUUACUACGUCGAAGUUAUCCAUCAAUUUUGGGGAGAAGAAGUUAAUUAAUUCCAAAAGUCCAAGGUGUUUGGAUGUUAUUGGGUGCCCUAAAUAAAGGGUACAAAAAUUUUCCCACUUUCAAGAUACUCUCAACUCUCAAGACUACAAUGGUCAAAUUGGGAUUAUUGGAAAAGUGAAACUACUAAUUCACAUUCACCAAGCAAAUCAAGGUGAUUGGUUGUUAGAGCUAAAGAUAUUUGACUUAUUGAAGGAAUUUGCUGCCUAAUUUGAGGAUCAUGCUCCCACAAACUUUAGACCACCCCAAAAAAUUUUGUAAUCUCAAUUAUUUUUUAUUAAAAGUUUGGGAAAAGCUCUUUAAAAAAAAAAAAAAAAAGUUUGGGAAAAGCAGGCAAAAGAGAGGAAAAUAGGGAUAGUUGUGGGUCCCCAAUUUUUAUAUAUUGUUAAUUAGUAGUUUGUUAAAACUAUUACGGAAUAUUAUUAUUAUUAGUAGUAGCAACGUGGAUUGCUAUUUAGAAUAUUUUUUUGACUUGAGGUUAGUAUUCCGUAUGUAGUAUACUAGUAUUGUAUUGAUGAAGAGAUGGAAUGUAAAUUUUGAUUUGUAAAUGCAAGGUUUUUAUUUAUU